AUGAACUCCAACUUCUCUGCGCUUAUUUCCUGCCGGGAUGUGCUACGGAGCAUCCUUGAGCGCCUCCACCCCAAGGACCUUGCGCGGGCCGCCUGUGUAUGCAGGCUCUGGUACGCGGUUGCCUCUGAACGGGAGGUGAAGGAGAGGGCUUUCAAAUCGCCUUGGAAGGUGGGACGCAUCCUUGGAGAUCCUUCAUCGCCGGGAUUUUGGCGCUAUCCAAGCCUCGGUCGCUUCGCCAUAUCCCACAGGCUCGUUCGCGGUGACUCCGUUCCCGGUCUCGCCCUCAAGUAUUCCGUCCAGGUCCCUAACCUUUGUCCCACCCCUUUUGUUACUUUUUCGUCGGUAUAUGUUCUACUUUACCUCUUCCUCACUUUUGCUGGGUGUAUAUUCUAAUUUAGCGUUUAUGUCAUAUUUUAAAAAAAAAACCAUUAUACUGCAUAUAAUUUGGAUCAAGUGCUAGUUCUUGCUGUUAUCGGUCAUUCCUUGUUUUGGUUUAGUUCCUUAAUUUUAAUGCGCGUGAUGACAUCUCCGUUCUCUGUUUCCAUUUGCUGUCGAAGCUAAACCUGUAAAAGACAGGAGACUAUGCUGUAGGUUUUCGUCAGUGAUGGAUGGAGGCUGGUAAACCAGUAGUGUCGAUUGAAGGAUAUACAUCAGAUAAUAGCUAGCUUAUUUGUGGCUCUGAAGUAGCUAAUCGUUGAUUGGAAUAUCGUCUAGUUCGAUAUGUUACAUCUUUUGAAUUAUGAAAGAUAAUUUUAAUAAGAGCAUAGGUGUAAAGCCAGUGCAAAUAAAUUGUAAUGUUAAAAAUCUAGUCAUCUGAGGAAAGCAGCUGAGCUUAAGCUCAUCUCAGCAAUAGUCAGAAGUUUACGGGAAAGUAUUAUAGAAAUAUUAUGACCACGUAAUGGUCAAAUAUUUUGCUUGGUCUAAGAGCGCAUAAGUUUUAUAUGUAGCAGAAGAGAAUUCAAUAGGUAACUCAUUCGCACAAUAUUUUUUGUGUAGAUGCAGGCAUUGAGAAUAAAUUGUAAUGUUAAAAAUCUAGUCAUCUGAGGAAAGCAGCUGAGCUUAAGUUCAUCCCAGCACUAAUCAGAAGUUUUAUGGAAAAUAUUUUUUAGAAAUAUUAUGACCACGUGAUGGUCAAAUAUUUUGAUUGGUCUAAGAGCAAAUAAGUUUUAUAUGAAGCAGAAGAGAAUUCAAUAGGCAACUCAUUCGCAAAAUCUUUUUGGUGUCAUGGAUGGCAUUUUCCUAAGUCUUCGUUUGAGGUGGGUGGAAUCUAAAAAUUUCUGGUUUUAACGGGCUGGUGGGAAAAAUAGUUAUCUUUCGAGAAAGAAAAACUGGUGCGCUGAAUUGGAAUUAGUUAUGUCUUACUUCCUUUGUAGAGUUUGGGUAAAUCUAGGCUGAAAUAUCACGGUUCAGACGACCAUGGAGAAAGUUUAUCCCACAGGCGGAAUAUAUUUGACUGUAAGAGCUAUUUAUGUUCUGCUCAUUGGCCUUGUUGUAACAGGUGGUUAAUGUGAAGAGGAAUUGUGGUCCUAAAAGAUGUUUCACUUGAAUAAUCGUUGCUUCAGCGUGAUCUAAAAAUGAAAAGGAAAGUGAGAAAAAAUAGCCUCUCAGUUUUGAACUCCUAGUUUUUUAUUGAGUGAAAUUUGUAUGUGUAAAAAAUCUGAAUAUCAUAUAUGUAAGGAAGAACAUUCAAAUUUACAUAAUCGUCUCAGCAUCAAUGGCUUUUCAAUUGAUCAUAUGGGGGUUGGGGAAGGCCAACGAUAUGAAAGAGAAGGUUGUGUGAGGAACCUUUCGUACUCAAUUACUCUCUGUCAUCUACAGAAAAUCAACUUGCCCAAAGCCAGAUAAGCAAAUAGUCAAGGACAGAUAAGCACACCUGUGUACAUAGGUUUUCAUGUGAUUUGGAUAUUCUAAUAUCUACAGCCCCACUGAGUCCAUUAUAAUUCAGGAGUCACCAAUAUAAGUGUGACAAUUCGCUUCUAAAUACGAGAAGGCUACAGCAGCAUGCCCAGAAAUAAGAGGUCGCUAAUAUUGCGGAAAAUACGUCUCUGUACUUCAAUAAUAUCUACCCACUUAGUGAUGUGGAAGUUUAUCUAGUGAACACAAUGUGGUUGUUAGCAAUAUCAUUGCUUAGAGUUAUUCUGCAGGAUAGAUUUCAUGAUUCGAAGCACGGACUCUGCCGGUGAAAUGAGAGAAGAAAAUCCUAUUGGUACGGCUAGAUUUAGUCUGACAAAAUUAGGCGAAACCUACCAGACUGUAUCUUUUACCAGACCAAUUACGUCAAUCGGAUGCCCAGAGGCUAUCUAGCAGGAGUCUUGGCGGUGGUUUGCCAUGAAGUCCCUAUAGACUAGGCGACAAGCCCUCCAAUAUUCAUCCCAUUGCAUUUCAGAUCUUUUUUUUCUCAAGAUUCCAUUGGAAAGGUUAAAACCGCUUGAACUGAGCCGGCUAGUGUUUCAAGGAGGCAGGCAACAGUCUUUUCAAUUCCUCAUAAGAGGCUUCCAAUCUGUAAUAGAUUUGGGCUUAUUCAAUUUCAUAAUAGGGGAAACACGUAGAUCAUUUGUUUGUCGAUUGUGGUGCCAACAGUACCCUUUUCCUGCAGAUCAAUAGCAUUAGCUUUGGGCAUUCAGCAGGUAUUCAAGAGGGAAUCAUUAGAUUCUUCCCGCCUUGCUGGUGGACGUUUCUACUCUCUGAUGUCUUACCUACCCUUUGCCCCAACCGUUGUGUUUGCAGGCGAGAAUUUCGCGUGCUCUACUGUUAUCUUUGUUUAAUCCGUGCAUGUUCUCAAAUCAAAUCAGAGGCACAGGUGCUUUAAGACCAAAAAUUCUGAGCAAGAUUGGUCCCGUAAUCUAUCUGACUCGAAAAAUUAUUUCGGAUGUGCAGGUGAUGGAUAUAAAACGUCUGAAUAAUAUGAUGAGCGACCACGGGAUCCACUCUAGGGAGAGGCUCCUGAUCCCAGUAAGCGAUCCUGCUCUACUCCACAACAGCACCUGUUUCAUUGAGAUGGAUGCAUACGCCAAAAGGGAAGUGGCAGUGCUUCACCCUCAUGGGCACCAAGAUGGGAAACCAACCCAUGCGAGUAAUAGACUAAUCACUGAAAGGGGCAAGAGAAAGAUACUGGAGUCGGUGAAGAGAAGCAUGCAGGUGGACGACGGAACUGCCGAGUACUACCUUUCUAUUGCAAAUGGCGACCCCAGGGCAGCGAUACUGGAGUUCUCUGAGGACCUAAGGUGGGAGAACCAGAGUGGUCAUUAG